AUGCAGUGGCUUGCAUUUAUACUUGUUCCUGUGGUGCUUGCCAGGAAGAAUGUUCUGUUUCUCAUUUCGGAUGACAUGCGGCCAAACCUUGGGGCAUAUCUUGGUCCUGACUUCCCUUCGCCUGUCUAUCCAACAAUGCACACACCUACUCUUGAUGCAUUAGCCAAGCGGAGUCUGCUCCUCAAGAGAGCCUAUGUUUCCCAAGCACUUUGCAAUCCAAGCAGAACAGCCCUUCUUACGAGUAGGAGACCCGAUACAAGCCACAUCUACGCCAUCGGCCCUUACUUCAGGAAAUAUGGAGGAAACUUUACCACUCUGCCAGAGUACUUCAAGCAGAAUGGCUACAGGACAAUAGGGAUGGGGAAGGUGUUCCAUCCAGGGUCGUCUUCGGGUAAUGAUGAUCCUGUGUCAUGGACAGACCCGUAUUUUCAUGCACACGCUCAUUAUAAGGGAGAUCAUCGCAGUUGGACAGCUGUGCCUGAGGAAAGAGUAGCACAGCAACCUCUUGGAGACACCCUGCUGGCUGACAAUGCAAUAAAGGUUCUGCAAGAUGUGGCGCCGAAAGCUAAGUCAGGUGAGCAACCUUUCUUUGUGGCGGUUGGACUUCACAAACCUCAUCUUCCCUGGAAUUUUCCAGCUCGUUUUAUGGACUAUUACCCUCUUGAGAAUAUUAGACCUCCUCCUAAUUAUUUUGCACCAGUGGGGAUGCCCACAGUUGCUUGGCACAACUUCAGUAAAUUUGCUGGAUUCAAGGACAUUAAGUCGCUCGGGUUAAAAGACAUUGGAAAUAUCAAUUUUACCUUUCCGCAUAACCUUACUCUAGAGUUAAGAAGGGCAUACUACAGCUGUAUGAGUUUCGUAGACUACGAACUUGGCAGAGUAAUAGUUGAGCUUGACAAUCUUGGCCUGUCAGACAACACUAUCAUAUCCUUCUGGGGAGACCAUGGGUGGCAGCUUGGGGAACAUAGUGAAUGGCAGAAGCAAACAAACUUUGAGGAUGCUACCCAUGCUCCCAUGAUGAUUCACAUCCCAGGACUCACCGACCAGGGGAUCGUCACAGAACAGUUAACAGAAUUUGUGGAUCUCUUUCCAACACUUGCUGAAGCUGCAGAACUUCCUAAGAUCGAGACAUGUCCUGACAAUUCGCAAAAUGUUACCCUGUGUACAGAAGGACUCAGUCUGAUGCCUCUUGUGAAGAAUCCAAAUACAACAUUGAAGACUGCAGCCUUCUCCCAGUAUCCCAAUGAAAAUGAUGGAGACCCUCUGACGGGCAAAGCUGUGAUGGGUUAUACCAUGAGAACAGACUCAUAUCGUUACACAGAAUGGGUCAAGUUUACUGGUGGUAAGAAGUUCGUUACCCACUGGAAUAAGUUGGUUGCUGCAGAGCUUUACGAUCAUACCGUGGAUCCACAGGAAAACUACAAUCAAGCAUUAAAUGCUACCUAUGCUAACAUCAGGAAGGAGCUUAGUGCCAAGCUACAGGCUGGAUGGAGAAAGGCAAUGCCUGUCGGAGAAACGCUAAGCCAUUAA